UUAUGUUUUCUUUAUUCUAAGAUGGGGAGAACAGGAAAUGGGUGGAUGGGCUUAACCCAACCCCAGGCUUCGGGCAGUUUCUCUCAUCAGCUCUCGGCAGGGGUCCCCAGCUCCAGCAGCAGCCCCAUGCGCCCCACUUAGGGCCUGCAGAGUCCAAGUUCAGGAGUACUUUCUGAUACUCAAGCAGUUAAUUUUAUAGGCGACCUCGUCAAUACUUGGGAGUUUGGGAAACUCUUAAGCAAGUAAUAGGAUUACUGUGUUAAACAGGUUUCCUUUUCCAGCAGCGGGGCAGAGCCUACCCAGGGUCCGUGCAGGGGAUUCUGGAAUGCAGAGCGUUAGCUUUGGUUGAAGUUGGAGUUGGACCUGUGUCCCACACCCUGUGGGCCUGUAUAGAGUUGCAUAUGGGCAGAGCACCUAGAACGGGGCCUGCCUGGUACAGACAUUGGCAGGUGUGGACAUCCUCUGAUAAGGAAACUGUAAGAAAGACAGGAUACCAAAGAUGCCUCGUUUCUGGUCACCUCUGCAGGAUAAGGACUACGGUUGUCCAUCCGCCCAGCCAGUGGGGGAGGAAAAGGUGACAGUGGAGUGUGGUCCUCCCUGAGAGGCCUAGCAGGCCCCUUUUGGCCCAAAACCUCAGGACCGGAAGGGGAAGAGGUGAGGAGGUAGAGGUGGGCAGAGGCGUCUCGAGCAUAUCUGGUUUUCAGAAGACACAGAGUGAGAGUGAGACAUACUCUGAGGUGUGUCUCGCCCAACCCACAGGCUAUGUCCACACCAGCCUGUCCCUCCUUCUGAGAAGGGUCCCCGGUGCGGUGCCCCAUCCUCCCUGGCCUGCUCCUUUCCAGAGGGAAGGAUGCUUCAAGCUGCGCCCAGGGGAGGGGACAGCACGCACAAGGUGGGCUGGCCCAGCCGCGCCCGGAGAUGAUCUGCCGUAACCAGAUAGCGCUGUUUCCAUUUGGUUCGGGCUCUGUAAUGUGCGCCUGUCCUUUCUGGUGGAUCUUCUAAGGGAACACGUCUUCCGGCUGCUGGUGAGACGCGUAGAUGCCAUCUCGGUGUGGCCGGGCCUGUUUCCUCAGGCCCCUGCCCAGCCAGGCCUUUCAGCCCCUGGUGCCGACUGUGCCAACAGUAGAAUUACGGAAAUUGGUGCCAGCAGCUCCCUUUUCUACACAGAAACCCAGCGUUGGCACUGCGGCUUGUUAAUUUUUUUUUUUCCUUCUCCUGCAUCCCAGGAGGUGGAAGGGUUUGGAGGGGGAUUUAGGUCUCCUCUCCACCUGCCGGGGAGUUUUUCCAGAUAACUUGAGGCUUUGUUGGUAUUUUGGGGUCAGAAAUGGGGGCGGCGGUGUUCGGGUAACAGCCUGGGGUCCUGGGCUGCUUCCCCACCAGUUCUCCAACAGUAGUGGGUGGACACAGAGCUUGAACCAGAGUUGAGUUCAUGUGUGCCUCAGGACGCAGGGAGAUUGGGGGGGAGGGCACUGCACCCCUGAAACUGUCUUGCAGUACCGUGUACCUCCAGCUCCUGGAAAUGGACUUGGACCUACUUUCUUCUCCCACAGUAAAAUCUCAGUACUCAUUCAAAAAGCAAUUUUUCUUUUAACAACUGGAUUUUUAAGUUUAAGAUUCUAACUGAAUCCGGCGCUGAGAGAUGCGGGUGAAGACACCAUUCGUGGGUGUCACGGCUGCAGGGAGGCUCAUGAUCUCGGUUUCAGAUGUUCUCACUGGAUCCCACAGUCACGAGCUUUGGUUCUGGUGUGAGUUGGUGCCUCAGGGCUCCCCUCGGUCGGAGGAGCAGACCCUGCGACUUUGUCCCCGGUGCUGCUUCUCGGACCCUUCGGUGUUCAUUAUUAGGAAGUGUCAUAAUGCUCCUGGUGGGGAGGUCUUUUAUCUCGAUUAAAAAACUGGUGCUGCUCGUGUUCCUGCACCCAGAGUCCCCAGUGAGGGAUGCAGAAGUCUUAAUCCAUGGGCAUACUGGAAAAUCGCCUGCAGAAUCUAAGAGCCGGCCAGCCUGCUGGCAUGCUGCUUCCCCGCGGACAGACGUAGAGGCAGGCCCGCCUCCGUUGCCGCUGCUUCCCGGUUCUCCUUCGUAAUGUGGGGGCUUAGUCGCUGACCUGUGGUGGCAGUUUUAAAAUGGUGAAUUCUAGAUGACCCACAGAGGUGUUUUUUGGUUUGUUUAUCCCUGGCAGCAUGAAGGGAUCUGUGUUUUCCGAUAAUAAAGUAAAAAAUGCGUUUGGACUUGAGUCAUGUAACUCAUUUGACCGGUAACCAGAGUCCUCGGAGCCAGAUUUCGACGUCGCCCGGAGCAUCCAGCGGCAGACCUGGCCCGUUUCUCAGGGCGCCUCGUAUUCUAGAAUUGUGUGUGAGACUGCGCACCCCCCAUUUUUUAUCCCGCCUGCCUGUUCACAUUUAAUUUGUUCCUAGCCGUGUGCAGUGGAUUAACAUUUCAUCAGGGUGGAUUAAGAUUGAAUCAGCAUUAAAGCGGUCUUUUCCUGUUUUCCUUCUGUCACUUUUAGGUGAUUGUGGGCAGGGGUGGGGGGAGGCAUCGGGAGGAGGGGGAGGCAGUGCCCAUCCCAAAAGUACCCCGGUGAGGACCACGGAGAUAAGCCAGAGCUUCCGUGUGAAAGUAAUUGGCAGUUGCAGGUUGGCAGGCCUGGCUGGAGCCCUCUGCCGUGUUCCUCCAUCUAACAAGAUGUCACAUGGAACAAAAGCUUUAGGGGUUUUAUUUAGCUCCUAAUCCUCACGCUGAGAGAGCUGAGGUCCAUGUGAGCUCACCCCCUGGAAGGGAGGGUGGCCGGCAAGCCUGGCGCAGCCUCCUUUCUGGGACUGGAGCUGCCGCUGGGGAGUGAGGCGAAGUUACCGUGAGUGUUGUGUUUUGUCUACUAAUGUUUCGGAGGAUUAAUAAUUCAGACCGUACUUUGAAAUAGAAAACCCCCAGUUGGUCUUUCCUGGCCGUCUGGGAAGGGCUAGAAGGCAGCGGGCCUGUUGGGAUGCGUGUAACCGAAGAUUAACAGAGACCGGCGUCCUGCCCUGCCUCGGCCUCCGUCCCUCCUUCCCGAUGCCGGUCCCCAGCCGCCAGGUCCACAUCGGCCGCUCCCAGAGCUGGGAUGCCGCCGGCUGGUACGAGGGCCCCUGGGACGUGGCCGAGGCCCCAGCGAGGAGCAGUUCCGUGGCGGACGGCGUGGCUGCAGGACCCUGGUACGAGCCACGGGGUGCCGCCGAGCCCUACGUCUACCGGGAGGCCUUCUUCAACUCUGUUGCUGGAGGGAAGAGCCCAGUCACUGACUUCACCUUUUAUGACAGCAGACAGGCGGUGAUGUCUGGGCGAGGUGGCCUGCUGCCGCGGGAUCACUACGGCGACGCGGCAGGAGCCGCUCGGGCACCCAGGGAGGCUCGCCACCCCCGUGACCCAGGACUCAGCCGGUCGCUGCCUGGUUACGGCAUGACAGGCGGCAGGAUGUCAUGGGAUCCGGUGCCAGGCCGGGUCCCUGCCCUGCAGGAGGCCGGCCACCUGUACCAGGACCCCGCGGGCAAAGGGGUGGCUCAGGGGCAGCGGACACAGAGCCGGGCCCCGUCGCCCACGCGGUGUGGGGGGGAGCUGGCUGACGGCAGGUACGCCCCGGAGGUCCCCGCCCACCUUGCCAGCCAGCUCUACAAUGACACCGGCGAGAGGCCUGUGGAUUCUGUCCCCACCAGGCAGGCGGCCCCUACCUGCCUGGUCGUGGACCCCGCCGCAGCCAGCGCCUCUGACGGCGGCACGGGGGUGGCCCCAGGAGCACUGCACCGUGGCUACGGGCCUGCCCGGGGCGGGGUCCCCUCCAGGACGGCCGAAGAGAGCUGUGAGGCGGACCCGUCCUCCUUCCAGGGGCUCGGGGGCAGGAGGAGCGCGCUGCCCGAGUUCCUGGCGCUCCUGCGGGCAGAGGGGGUGGCGGAGGCCACGCUGGUGGCUCUGCUGCAGCAGGGCUUCGACUCACCGGCCGUCCUGGCCACCAUGGAGGACGCAGACAUCAAGUGCGUCGCACCCAACCUGGGCCAGGCCCGAGUGCUGAGCCGCCUGGCUGGUACCUGCAGGACCGAGAUGCAGCUGCGCCGGCAGGGCCGGGGGGCGCCCUCCCCCCGGGUGCGCUCCAGCAGCUUCAGCCAUCGCGGCGAGCUCCACGGUGACCUGUCUACACUGGGCACCUCGGCCUUGCAGCCCCAGCCUGCGGGGCCCCUGCAGGCGGGGGACCUGGCUCGCCGCCCCUCCAGCGCACCGUCCCAGCACCUCCUGGAGGCGGCAGCUGCCUACUCUGCCCCUGGAGUGGGCACCCAGGCCCCCCACUUCCCCUCCAGCUCUGGGUACAGCUCUCCCACCCCCUGCGCCCUGACGGCCCGGCUGGGCCCCACAUACCCCCAGCAGGCCGGGGUGGCCUUAACUCACCCGGGCCCCGCUGCCCCCCUUCACCCGGGCCCCAGAACCGCGUACUCCACAGCGUACACGGUGCCCAUGGAGCUGCUGAAGCGGGAGCGCAGCGUGGCCGCGUCUCCCCUGCCCAGCCCCCACGGCAGCCCCCAGCUCCUGCGGAAGCCCAGUGUCCCUGUAGAGCUGUCCCCACUGCCGCCAGCCAGCCAGAGCCUCCACACGCCUCAGCCGCUCUACCAGAAGGUGGCCCGGCGGACGGGGGCCCCCAUCAUCGUGUCCACCAUGCUUGCUCCGGAGCCAAGUAUCCGCCCCCAGAUCAUGAACGGCCCCCUGCACCCCCGCCCCCUGGUGGCGCUGCUCGAUGGCAGAGACUGCACCGUGGAGAUGCCCAUCCUGAAGGACCUGGCCACCGUGGCCUUCUGUGACGCACAGUCCACUCAGGAGAUCCACGAGAAGGUUCUCAAUGAAGCUGUUGGCGCCAUGAUGUACCACACCAUCACCCUCACCAGGGAGGACCUGGAGAAGUUCAAGGCCCUGAGAGUAAUCGUGCGGAUAGGCAGCGGCUACGACAACGUUGACAUCAAGGCUGCCGGCGAGCUCGGCAUCGCCGUGUGCAACAUCCCGUCGGCGGCCGUGGAGGAGACGGCGGACUCCACCAUCUGCCAUAUUCUCAACCUGUACCGGCGGAACACGUGGCUGUACCAGGCGCUGCGGGAAGGCACGCGGGUCCAGAGCGUCGAGCAGAUCCGGGAGGUGGCCUCGGGAGCGGCGCGCAUCCGCGGAGAGACGCUGGGCCUCAUCGGCUUUGGUCGCACGGGGCAGGCGGUUGCUGUUCGAGCCAAGGCCUUUGGAUUCAGCGUCAUCUUUUAUGACCCCUACUUGCAGGAUGGGGUCGAGCGGUCCCUGGGCGUGCAGAGGGUCUACACCCUGCAGGACUUACUGUAUCAGAGUGACUGCGUCUCCUUGCACUGUAAUCUCAACGAGCAUAACCACCACCUCAUCAAUGACUUUACUAUAAAGCAGAUGAGGCAAGGGGCGUUCCUUGUGAAUGCGGCCCGCGGCGGGCUGGUGGAUGAGAAGGCCUUAGCCCAAGCCCUCAAGGAAGGCAGGAUACGAGGGGCAGCCCUCGACGUGCACGAAUCGGAGCCUUUCAGCUUUGCUCAGGGUCCUUUGAAAGACGCACCGAAUCUCAUCUGUACGCCCCACACAGCUUGGUACAGUGAGCAAGCCUCGCUGGAGAUGCGGGAGGCGGCGGCCACCGAGAUCCGCCGGGCAAUCACAGGUCGCAUCCCAGAAAGCUUAAGAAACUGUGUGAACAAGGAAUUCUUUGUCACAACAGCUCCCUGGUCAGUAAUAGAUCAGCAAGCAAUCCAUCCAGAGCUCAACGGCGCCACAUACAGAUACCCGCCAGGCAUCGUCGGGGUGGCCCCGGGCGGACUUCCUGCAGCCAUGGAGGGCAUCAUCCCCGGCGGCAUCCCGGUGACUCACAACCUCCCCACAGUGGCACACCCUUCCCAAGCUCCCUCUCCCAACCAGCCGACAAAACAUGGGGACAAUAGAGAGCAUCCCAACGAGCAAUAGCAGAGAAUGACGAGCGGUCAUCACAGAAAAACCUGGGACCAAGAGACAGUGAAAACUAGAUGAACUAAGGAAAGGACUUGGACCGUCUUUUUAACGGAUUCCGGACAUACGCAUCAUGGACGCUGCAGUGUUAGGAGAGCAAGAAGCCGAGGUGUGGGAAGGCUGGAGCCGCCGUCUGGUGACGCGAGCGCUGAGAGACUAGGACGUGAUUUAUUAACGACCAACUUCUGUUAUUGUGUGUUACGUUCUUCAUCUGUGCAUCCAAUCACAAAGAAUAAAUAGAUCCUUUUCCUUUAUCAGCCCCUUGGGCACAGCAGGUCCUGAACACCUUGCUCUAGAAUGUUGCAUCAGGAGUUCCAAACGUCAAAAUAAAAAAAUACUAAGAGGAAAUCCCCCUCCUGUGACUCCAGUCCCUUCAGUCCAUGGGGGCUGGUGACCUCUUUUGCAGAGAGGAAGAUUAAAUUACUACAGAGAAUGGGGAGAAAACUGUGCCCGUUAGACCGCCGCGAGCGUACAAGCUCCUGUACAGAAGUCUCUCCCCCAUCUGAACUGCAUACUGAGCGGGCGAGUUGGUUGUGAAUUCAGUAAUACCCUCUUGAUGAUGCAAAAAAAGGAAAAAAAGAAAAAAAAAGAAAAAGUAUUAAGUUUCACAAGCUGUUUGUACUCAAAUAUAUUUUCUCAGUUUCAGAUCCUCAGCUAUUUUAUUGAGUGGAAAGUCUUGAGCUGAAAGAGUUCAAGAAAAAUAAUGUUGCAUUUCCUUAUGUCUCAGGAAACACUUUUUAUGGUAACUUGUCAGAUUGUCUAUGAACAAACCCACUUUUUUAGACAUUGAUAAAUCUUCUUUUCUUCACGUGAUAUUUUAUACAAGAACACUUCAGGUGUGUUACUAGAUGUGACUGAUUUUAACAAAUCCUAUUAGAUUUGUAUCAACUAGUUACAUGUUAUAUUCAUAGUCUUUUGUGAAUCAUCGCCUUUUUGUUUAAAAGAUGGCCUAUUUUGAGCCUUUGUAUAGGUACAUUCCUGUUUUUGUGACAAAAAAAAAAAAAAAAAAAAAAAAAAAUCCUUUAAAACUGUCCCAAACAGAAAAAUAAUGGCUAUCGGAAGUGUUUUGUUUUAGUGUGAGUUACCGCUACUGUGUCUGUUUAUUGUAAGGUGGACAUUUAGCGUUCAGUGCAGUUUUCAAUAAAAAGUAAUAAAAAUUUGUAAA